AUGGAGGCCCUAGGGGCAGCUGCAGCGUCACCACAACAAACAGCAGCAGCAGGUACAGGUUCGGGUGCCCCAGAGCUGUGCCCUCCGCCCGUUGCUCAGGGGCCCCUCGGUUCUCUUGGAGGGGCCCCUCUGGUGGGGUCCUCUCUAGUGGGGGCCCCCUUAGUGGGGACCCCCCUAGUGGGGGGCCCUUUAGGGGGGGGCCCCCCUCACGUAGAUCCACUUAAGGGGCCCUUUAACUCAACGCUGGUAGAGUUUUGCGGCUUAGACGUAAACAAAGAAAACCCCUUGGUGGCCCCCUCGACGAGGGCCCCUUCAUUAAGGGCCCCCUCGACAGAGGCCCCCUCAAUAGAAGACCCCGCGACAAGGGCCCCUUCAAUAGGUGCCCCCUCGGCAGGGGCCACCUCGAUAGGGGCCCAUCCAACAGGGCCCCCCCUGAGAGGGGCCCUCCCGACAGCAGCCCUCCCGACAACGGCCGUACCGACAGGGCCCCUCCCGACAGGGGCCCUGUCGACAGCGGCCCUUCCGACAGGGGCCCUCACGACACGGGCCCCCUUGACAGGGGCCCCCUUAUUAGGGGCCCCCUUGACAGGUGCCGCAUUGGCAGGUGCCACCUCGGCAGGUGGCCCCUUGGCGGAGGCCCCAACUGUGACGGAGCGGGGGGCUCCCCCUUCUGUGGUUGCUUCUUUACUGGAUCGUUUUUAUGGAAGCCUCUUAGCAGAGGAGGAGUUGCUGCUGCAGCAGGAGCAACAGCAACUGCAGCAGGCAGCGACAGGAGAGGUGCAGCAGCAACAAACACCCUCACAGGACCAGGACCCGCAACAACAGCAGGAGAAACAGCAGCAGGAGCAGGAGCAGCAACCCCAGCAACAGCAGCAGCAGCUGCAACGACAGCAGCAACGACGGCAGCAGCAGCGGCCAAUGGGGCGCCCUCAUUGGCGUUCUGUCUAUACACUGCAAUGCAAGCAGCAGUUGUUGUUGCAGCUACAGCAGCUACGGGAAGUAAACAAGCACCAGCAGCAGCAGCAGCAGGUGGGGGCCCCCUUCGAUGGCGUCGAGCUCUUUAUGGUGCAGCACCACAACCUGCAGGGGGCCCCCUCCCGCCGUCUUGCUGCUGCUCGUAAGGCCCUUAUGGAAGAGUAUGGGGCCCCCCAGGACCCUGCUGCUGCUGUCCUGCUGCAGCGACAGCGGCGAGCAGCAACUGCAGCAGCUGCAGCAACAGCAGCAGGGAGGCAGCAACGAAAGAGCAACGGACGACAUAAAAGAAAGGGGCCCCCAGCGUCCCUUAAGAGGGGCCCCGUGGUGCCUCUUGCUGCUGUCAAAAGAGAACCUGCAGCAGCAGAAGCAGCAGCAGGAGCAGCAGCAAAAGUUUCUGCUGCUGCUGCUGCUGCUGCUGCGGCUUCUGCUGAAGGGCCUCCUUUGACCCGCCGCGCCAGCCGAGCGGCGCGCAGUGCGGGACAGCAGCAAGCAGCAGCUGCAACAACAGCAGCAACAGCAGCACCUGCUGCUGCAGCGGAGGACUGGGGAUCGACGUCAUCAGCGGUAUCACCGGAAUCAGCAGAAGCAGCAGCAGCAGCAAGAGCAGCAGCAAUAUCUUCUUUACGUAAAGCACUUGGUUGCCCCCCUGGUGUCUCUCUGUCUCCUUUGCCCCACACAUUCUUUUGCUGCACCAUCUGCAGCAAAUUCUUCAGCAGCAGCAAUUUGCUGCUGCAGCAUGUGGGGCCCCACACCCUUCUCUCACGGCAAAGGGUCCCCUGGGGCCCCCAUCGCCUCCUACGCAAACAGGUUACAACAGAGGGGGCCCCAGGGGGCCCCCGUAGGCUCCACGGGUACAACGGGUACCCAUGGGGACCCCAAAGGGGCUCCCUGUCUGUGGAUAUGGGGGGCCCUGCAGCAGCAAAGACGAAGAGGAGGAAAGAGGGAGAGAAGCAGCAGCAAAGCUUAAGCUAUAGAGGCCAUUGGUCUCAUCAAUCUUCUUCUUUCUUCUUCCUUCGUUCUUUAUCUCUUUGGACGGGGCCCCUAUCAGAGGCCCUUACCAAUGCGCAUGCAACAGCAACGAUGGGGCCCCUAGAGGGGCUAGGGGAGACCCCCUUUAUAAACGGCACCUUCAGGCUAGGAGAGGAGGCGUAUAGCCCCAUGCAACCACUAGCUGAUGAGUUGAGGGUUUAUAUACAGCAGGUAUUGGAGAAGAUAUUCGCUGAGUUUUGUAUUUCUUAUUUACCCGAUUGGAGCAACAUAAGAAUCGUCAAGGGAGACACGAAGACACCCCUUGACAAGGAGGAGGCGCUGCAGCAGCUCCUCUCUAACGUUGAAGGCACUGGGGGCCCCCAAGCUAGGGGGGCCCAUUGGGGGGCGCUACGACUUAUACCAGGGUCUUUUGCUAUAAUGUUGGAUCCUUCUUCUUCCGUUGGUUUUCUUUUUGGCUUGUUUGGUGUUUUGCUACAGAUGGGCAUUGUCACCUCGGGGGGCCUCUGUGGUUUGGUAUCUCCGGCAUCAACAUGGGUGUUUUCUCCCCAGGGCGCUGCAGCACCGGUAGCAGCAGCUGAGGUCUAUGUACAACGCAGCAGCAGCAGCAGCAGCAGGACUGGGGGUCCCUCCUGGGGGGUCCCCAGAAGGCUCCUCAAGCCGAAGGAGUCGCAGAGGGGGCCCCCCAAGGUGGCCCCCAGGGGGCCCCUCAAGCACAAAAAGGGGUUGGAGGGGGGCCCCAAGUACCCAGUUGUCCGUCCUUCGGAAGCAACAGAGGCAGAAGCUGCAGCAGCAGCAACAGCAGCAGCAGCAGCAGCAGAUGGGCCUUUCUCCACAGCAUUACAAGCAGCAGCAGCAGAAGAAGCAGCAGCAAUGAAGGCGAGAAGGAGGACUCCUUUUGCUGGUGUAUGGGGGGAUAUUUGUGUGCAGCGGCAUUUGCUGCUGCUGCAGGAGCAGAUGCAGCAUCACCUCAAGAUAGCUCAAGACAGAUUCAAGGCGAUCAGUGCAGCAGCAGCAGCAACAGCAGCAGCGGCAGCAGCAGCAGGUACAACAGGUGUAGCAGGUGCAGCCGGGGGUCCCCAAGGAAAGUACAUGGGGGGCCCCCAUUCCGCUGCAGGGGAAGCGGAGGGGCCCCUCUCUCCUCUGGAUUCAAGCAGCAGCAGCCCCACGGCAGAUCCACACCGCUUGCAGCAGCAGCAGCAACUGAAGCAGGAAGCGGAUGAUGAGACGGGGUUAAGCGGAGGAUCUGCGGAGAGGCAGGAGGGGGCCCCUUCCUCUCAAUAUAAGCGGCAGUGUGUGAGGGCCCCGUUACUUGGGGGACCCCCUUCUCCCCAUGGGGCCCCCCCUUCGGCAUUAUCCCCUAGCGGUUGUUCGCGUCGUGUGUUGCGGCGGGCCCCGCGAGUGGGUACUAUGGGGCCCCUCUUUGAAGUAGAUAAUUUAUUAUCAUUAACCCCUUUAGGGUUAACAUCUGCAGGGGCCUCUGCUGUGUCUCUCUCUGUGGCUAGCAGCAAACUUAAUUUAAAUGCUUAUGGGCACAGGGCCCUCCUCGUAGGGGCCUUUUGUCUUGCUUUUGCUGGCUUCUAUGGUACUGGGGGGCCCCCUCCACCCACUACCCCUAAUAAUAACAAAUCGGGAAGGGGGGGUAGCGGAGGGGGAGGGCCCGCUUCACGUACCCUCCUGCCACCUGCUCUAGACCACCAGCGCGGGCCUCUCCUCGGCCUGCAUGCAGAGGGUCCCCCCUUCUUGGGGCCCCUUAGUGAUGCAACUGCAGCAGAUAUUAAGAUCGGGAGGGCAGUUCUGAAGGUGCUGCAGCAGAGGGGGGAAAGACAAGCGGGACAUCCAACAAACAGUAGCAGCAACAGCAGGAGCAACAGCAGCAGCGGGGAAGGCUUUGCAAGCUGCUGCAUGCACACCUUCGAGAAACCAGCAGCAAAUAGUCUUCCUGAGCUCGAUGCUGUGGCCUUGUGUCGUGUCUGUCCCUUCUCAGUACCCGUUGCUGUACCCUCGGAGGGAGGGGGGCCCCCAAAGCAGCAGCAACCAAAAAAGGCCCCCCGCAAACGGGCUGGUGCCCCUCAGGAGAGGGCCCACCCCUACAAAGGGACCUCCACAGAGAGACGAAAAGACACGGGAGCCACCCCUACUGCUCUACACAUCACGCGUGGAGGCAGACGUUCCGUACCGUCUCCUCUAUUCGAUCUCUAA